GAGUUAGUGCCAGGGGCACAGCGGGGGGUUUGUGCCAGGCUGACCGGCUCCCCUGUCCCCGCUGGGCCGAGCCCCCCGCGUGCGGGGUGACCCCACGUCCGGAUAUUCGGGGCUUUGUCUCAUAGCGGCGCCUAUUGCCCCCCCCACCCCGGCCCCAUGGCCUGGGGGCUGCUCCUGGCGCUCUGCGGGGCGCUCCUGGCUCCAGCCGCGGCGGGCGGACGCCACAGCUGGGCCGUGCUAAUCACAAUCAUCACACACGAAGACAGGACCAAUCACUUCACCAUGAUCACCAAGGUGGAUGACGUUCAGAUUGCGUACUACAGAAGCGACACGCGAGAGGUCAGAGCCACCCAGGAGUGGGCAAAACAGGCCGUGGGUGCCGAGUUUUUCCAGAGAAAGACCCAGCAGUUCCGGACAUAUGAGGAGAAUUCUAAAGGAGAUAUCAGGAGGUGGAUGCAGCUGUACAACCAGACGGACGGGAUUCACACCGCACAGCUCCACAUGGGCUGUUCCCUGAGCGACCAGGCCCCCGUGGACCCGAGGUUCCAAUACGCCUAUGACGGGAGGGACUUCAUCAGCUUUGACAACCAGACGGGGAUGUGGGUCACAGCCGUGCAGCCGGCCUUCGCCCUGAAGCAGCUCUGGGAGUCGGCAGACAAGGCCUGGACUCAGUACGUCCAGUGGUGGCUGCAGUCCGAGUGUCCGGAGACCCUGCAGCGCCUGGUGCAGCAUGGGAGUGGAGUCCUGGAGCAGCAGGUGCCCCCCAAGGUCUUGGUUUCCCGCAGAGAUGCCCCCGACGGCUCCGUCACCCUCUCCUGCCGCACCAGGGGCUUUCACCCGCGUCCCAUCCACGUCUCCUGGGUGCGGGACGGACAAGACAUCCUGGCGGAAACGGACUCCAGCGGGAUCCUGCCCAAUGCCGAUGGCACCUACUACACGCAGUCGUCCCUGGAGAUCUCCCUGCAGCAGGACGGGCACCGCUACGCCUGCCAGGUGGAGCACAGCAGCCUGGGGGAGCCCACGCUCGUCUGGGCCCCUGGGCAGAAGGGCCCCCUGUCCCCCUGGGUCCUGGCCGCCAUCGUCUUGGCCGUGCUGGUUCUGGCUGGAGCCGUAGGGGCCGGCGUCGUCCUGUGGAGGAGAAAAUCAGCAGGCCCCAUGAAUCCCGCUACACUCCAGCAGCCACAAAGAGCGGGCGAGAUUCUGCCUCCAGCUCAUCAUCAGGAACAGACCCCCGGAGUGUGAGACCCCAGUGCUAGGGGCAGUGACCCUGCCCAGCUGCUGACCCCGCUGGCUGGGCGAUCUCUGUCCUCUGACGAUUCCUGCCCUGGUCAUUAGAGCAGUUUCGUCUCUCGGUGUUGGGCCUCAGGCUCUCGUAUUGCAGCGUUUGCGUCUCUGCUUCUGCAGCCAGGACUUUGCCUCAGCUUCUCUCCCAAAAGGCCGACUCGCUCCAAUCUCCCUGUUAGGAUAUAGUAUCAGAGGGGUAGCCAUGUUAGGGUACGUCUACACUACGGGAUUAUUCCGAAUUUACAUAAACCGAUUUAGUAAAACAGAUUGUAUAAAAUCGAGUGCGCGUGGCUACACUAA